UGUACUCAAACGAGUUAUCAAAUACCUGAAUGACGAGCUAAAACUGGUAUUGUUAAAUGCGUUAUGCUCUCAUGGUUCAGAUGAAUGUGCUUUAUAUCUUCUGUGUGAGGGAGUAAAGCCUGACGAAAAUACACCAGUUUGCGCGAUGAAGGGUAAUUGUAUGAACGUGCUUAAGAAAAUGUUGAGUAGCCUAAAUGAUGGGACAAAACUAUCCUUGUUAAAUGAAGCAUGUGUUUGUCUUAAUGCGGAAUGUGUUUUGUAUUUCCUGUGUGAGAGAGUUAAACCUGACAAGGACACAUCAUGGUGGCCAUUGAUAAAACUGUGUGUAAAUAUUAAAACCGAUUCGGUUGUACUUAAAAUAUUCCUUACUUUCAUGAACGACGAAAUAAAACUCGACUUAUUAAAAAAUGCCUGUAUAUAUGGUGACGAAAAAUGUGUUACAUAUCUCCUGUGCGAAGGAGUCAAGCCUGACAAGGGCACAUCUUGGAUGAUGUGGGAAAUGUGUAUGAGAAAAGGCAAUAGUGGUCUAAAUUUACUGAAGAAAAUUUUUAUAUACCUAAAUGAUGAGGUAAAACUUGAAAUGUUGAAUAGUGCAUGUAAGCUGGGUUCAGAGGAUUUUGCUUUAUAUCUUCUUUGUGCGGGAGUCAAACCUGACAAAAACACGCCAUUGUGCGUGGCGGAGGGAGGAAGUGUGACUUUGCUUAUAGAAAUUGGUCUUAAUGACGAAAUUAAAAGUAAUGUUUUAAGUACAGCCUGUUAUUCUGGGUCAGUAGAAUGUGCUUUAUAUCUUUUAUGUGAGGGAGUUCAACCCCACAAAGACACACCAUGGUGGUCAUUGAUAACAGGAGGCGGUAGACAUGUUAAGGCAGAUGUGGAUGUACUGAAGAAAGUUUUGAGGUACAUGACUGUUGAAAUAAAACUGAACAUAUUGAAUAAAACAUGUGAUACUGGCUCAAAAGAAUUAGCUUUAUAUCUUCUGCGUGAGGGAGUCGAACCAAAGAAAGUCACGCCUUUGCGGUCAUUGAUUACAAGUGAUGUUAAUCAUGGUAAGGGAGAUGUCAAUGUACUUAAGAAAGUUGUUCAGUAUUUGAAUGAUGAUAUAGCACUUGACUUGUUGAAUAAAGCAUGCGAUUCUGGUUCAGAAGAGUGUGCACUUUAUCUACUCUCUGGGAAUGUAAAACCUGACAAACACACACCAUUUUGCGUGGCGAAGGGAGGAAGUCUGAAUGUUCUUAAAAAGGUCCUGGAUAAUGUGAAUGAUGAUAUCAAACUUCCUUUGCUAAAAAUAGCCUGUCGUUGUGCUUCCAAAGAGUGUGUUAUAUAUCUGCUCUCUCAAGGAGUGAAACCUGAUAUUGACACUCCAUUUACUUCAUUGAUUUAUAGAGACCCUCUAUCGAAGGAAUGUUUAGACUUACUUAAGACAAUUGUUAUAUACUUGAAUGAUGAGAUGAAACUUCAGUUGCUGAAUGACGCUUGUUAUCAUUCGGGAAAAUGUGCUUUAUAUCUUCUGGAUGAGGGUGUGAAACCUGAUAAAAACACACCGUUUCAUGCAGCUAAGGGAGGAUGUUUAAAUCUGCUCAAAAUAUGUGUGAAAGGUCUGAAAAGUGAUAUCAAACUUGCUGUGUUAAAUGAAGCAUGCUCGUCUGGUGCUACUGACUGUGUCUUUUAUCUGCUGUCGGAGGGAGUUAAGCCAGAUCAACAUACACCGUGGUGUUCAUUGUUUGCAAAAUGUAAUUGUUAUGGCAAGAGAGAUUUGGAUGCACUUGUGAACAUUUUAAUUUACUUGAAUGAAAACAUGAAAAUGGCUUUGUUGAAUACAUUAUGCCGUUCUGGUUCAGAAGAAUGUGCUUUGUAUCUUCUCCGUGAGGGAGUCACACCUAACAAGGACAUAGAUGUGUGGUCAUUGAUUACAGGAGGUGUUAGAUGGCGUUGUAAGGGAGAUGUUGAUAUACUGAAAAAAGUUGUUAAAUUCUUGAAUGAUGAGAUAAAACUUGACUUGUUAAAAGAAGCGUUUCUUUCUGGUUCAGGAGAAUGUGCUUUAUAUCUUCUGUGUGAGGGAGUUAAACUUGACAAGGACAUACUAUGGCGGUCAUUGAUUUCAAGAGGCAUUAGGUGUUACGUGGAUAUUGAGCUACUUAAAAAUGUUGUUAUUUACUUUGACGAUGAGAUAAAAAUGGACUUGUUACGUAAGACAUGUCAAUCUGGUUCAACUGAAUGUUUUUUUUACCUUCUACGUCAGGGAGUCGAACCUGAUAAUACCUUCCCAUUUUGGUCGUUGAUUACAAGAGGUCGUGAGGACGUUAAAGGAGAUGUAGAUAUACUUCAGAAAGUUGUUAUAUAUCUGAACGAUAUGGUAAAACAAGACUGCUUAAAUAAAGCAUGUCGAUCUGGUUCAGUAGAAUGUGCUUUAUAUCUUCUGUGUGAGGGAGUCCAAACUGACAAGGACACAGAUUGGUGGUCAUUGAUUACAAGAGGUCGUUUGUAUAACGUAGAUAUGGAUCUACUUAAAGAAGUUGCUAUUUACCUUGAUGAUGAGCUAAAACUUGGCUUGCUAAAUAAGGCAUGUCGCUGUGGUUCUGAAGAGUGUGCUUUAUAUUUCCUGAGACAGGGAAUCAAACCUGACAUGGACACAGAUUGGUGGUCAUUGAUCUCAAGACGAAUGUGUCCGUAAUGGAGAUGUAGAUGUACUUAGGUCUGUUGUUAUAUACUUGAAUAAUGAGACAAAACUUGCCUUGUUAAUACAGCAUGUUCGUUUGGGUCAAAAGAAUGUGCGUUAUAUCUUCUGAACGAGGGAGUCAAACCUGACCAGUACACACCAAUUUGCGUGGUUCAUAGAAGGAGUUUGGAUUUGCUUAAAAGAUUAAUGAUAUAUCUGGAUGAUGAGAAAAAGAUUGUUGCUUUAAACACAGCUUGUUGCCUUGGUUCAGAAGAAUGUGCUUUGUUUCUUCUAUCUAAUGGUGUCCAGCCUGAUAAGGACACGCCGUCCUGUGUUGUGGACGGGAAGAGUGUGAAUCUCCUUAAAAGGUUUGUGAAUGAUAUGGAUGAUGAAACAAAACAUGAACUGCUUAAUAAAGCAUGUCAUUUUGAAUCAAUAGAAUGUGCUAUACAUCUCGUACGUGAGGGAGUCAAACCUGACAAGGACACGCCAUUGUGGUCAUUGAUUAAAAAAUGUGAUGUGACGGACGAAUGUGGAUAUACUUCAGAAUAUCGUUAUGUAUUGCAAUGAUGAGAUGAAACUUUACUUGUUAAAAGAAGCGUGUGAGGCUGUUUCGGUAGAAUUUGCUUUAUAUCUCCUGUGCCAAGGGGUCAAACCUGACGAGGACACACCGUUGUGGAUAUUGAUUUAUAGACGUUCACAGGAGAGUAAGGGAGAUGUGGAUGUACUGAAGAAAGUUGUUAGAUACAUCAAUGAUGAGGAAAAACAAAAGUUGUUAAAUGAAGCAUGUCUUUUUGGUUCAAUAGAACAUGUUUUAUAUCUUCUAUGUGAGGGAGUCACACCUGACAAGGGCACACAAUGGUUGUCCUUGAUUACAAGAAGUGAAAGAAAAAUGGACACACUGGAGAAAGUUUUUACAUACUUAAAUGAUGAGAUAAAACUGACGUUGUUGAAUAAAGCGUUUGGUAGUUUUUGGGAAGAUUGGGAAAAUUGUGCUUUAUAUCUUCUUCGUGAGGGAGUUAAACCUGAAAAGAGCUCACCAUUGUGGUUAUUCAUUAAAAAAUGUUAUUUUGAUUUCGGUAAGGGAGAUGUGAAUGAACUUCAGAAAGUCUUUAUGUAUUGUAACGAUGAGAUUAAGCUUGACCUGCUGAACAAAUCAUGUGAUUCUUGUUCAGAAGAAUGUGCUUUAUAUCUUCUGUGUGAGGGAGUAAAACCUAACAAGGAUACACAAUUGUGGUCAUUGAUAACAAGACGUGUUAGGCGUGGUAAGGGAGUUGUUGGUAUUCUUAAGAAAGUUAUUAUAUACCUAAGUGAUGAGAUAAAAUUGGACUUGUUAUAUAAAUCAUGUGAUUCUGGUUCAGAAGAAUGUGCCAUAUAUAUUUUGUGUGAAGGAGUCAAACCUGACAAGGACACACCAUGGUGGUCAUUGAUUACAGGAGGUGAUUGGUAUUGUAAGGGAAAUGUAGACGUACUGAAGAAAGUUGUUAUAUACUUGGAUAGUGAGAUAAAAAUUGACUUGUUGAAAAGAGCACGCGAUUCUGAGUCAGAAGAAUGUGUUUUAUAUCUUGAGCAUGAAUGUUCAGCAGUGUCUAGUUCGAUUUGAAAAUAUUGGAAUGGAAUAGAUACCUUACUUGUUGAAUGAAGCAUUUAUUCAGAGGAAUAUCCUUGAUAUCUUUCGUGUGAAGGAUUCAAUCCUGACAACAAGAACCCAUCAUUGUAAUCAUUAAUUACACGAGGUGAUUGGUAUUGAGAUGUGAAUGUUGUAUCCUUGACCAAUGAGAUACAAAAAUGUAAAAAACAAAAAAAAACAAAAAAACAAAAACAAAAAAACAAAAACAAACAAAAAAACACACGAAAAUAACAAGCCUUCUUUGUGAGAGAUUCGAACCUGAUAAUGACGUAGACUGUUGGUCAUUGAUUACAAGAGAUGAUUAAUAUGGUAAGGGAGAUGUGAAUCUCCCUAAGAAAGUUAUUAACCAGAAUGAUGAAUAAACUUUGACUUGUUAAAUAAAGCAUUUACUUAUUGCCAGGGGUUUAUGGAUGUACUUGGGAAACAUACACCAUAAAUACAUAUAUAUAUGUUGCGCUAUUUUCAAAUAUAUAUUUUCUUCCACGAGGACACUAUUCUUUGUUUUACUAUAUAUAUUUAUAUAUAUAUAUAUAUAUUGUCCCGGCUACCCGCUGUUUAGGCCGAGAUUUGCGGUACGAAAUGAACCUACCACGUAGAAAAACAAAAACAUUCAUUUCAUAGCACGCGCUGCCAUCACAUCAAUUAAACUCGCGAUGCUAUUCUGUUAAACCUUUUAGUUAUAUUAUUUAUUUACUUACUUACUUUUACCAUCUGUACACUAACUAAGAUGUUUUCUGAUUAAUUAUAAUAGGCCCUCGGCGAAUUAAUUAUUGACCGAAGGGAUCUUUUUCACAACAUAACGAAUAUCUAUUAUUUAUACCCACUUUAUUUAUGUAACUGUUCAAUGUUCUAUGUCUAUAUGAUGUGAUCGUAUGUAAUUUACCUGUGUCUUGAUAAAGGGGCAGAUUGUCUCUAAAAAGUCGACAAAUUACUUGUCUGUACUGUCGUUAUUACUACUUGACAAAUUAUAUAUAUAUACUUUCUGACGCUUUUACAGCUCUUGCUGCUCUUCAGGAUGUUUUAUAAAGUUUUGCCAUUUUUAACAUGUUCAGUGUUCGUGACCGAUUCAAUGUAGUAUAUUUAUAUCAACUACAUUCAUCUGAUACUUGUUUAUCGGAGAUAAAAGAGGACCAGCUAAUGGAAACAUUAAAAACAUAGUCUCAAUAGACCACAGUAAAAUUUGCGCAAUUUUAUAAACUUGUUUUGUGAACGAAUGUACAUUCGUACAGCGGUGGUCGGCCCGAUAUCCUGACAUGAUCAUAGUUGAAGUCGUAUAUUAGAUGAUAUGUGUUAUAUAUUUUAUUUUAUUGUUUUUUCAUAAACAUACCUGUGAUAAUUUCUAUUGUUUGUAAACAAUUCUUAAAUGAUGUUACUAUAUGCCGAGAUACCAAUCAUAUUACAUCCAGUUUGCAUUAAAAAGCAAUGUGAAAAUAAUUUAUCAAUUCAAAUCGUAAUGUAAGAUUUGAUUUCAUGUAUAGAAUGAAGAGUUGUUGCAAAAUAUACAUGUGUAUUUGCUCCAUAUGUCAUAUAUGUACGUACAUGCAAUAACAUGCUGGAGAGUUUGUUGACAAAAUAAAACUUAAGAUGAUUAAAAUGAUUAAAACUAUCAUCGUGUAUUACAGAAAUAUUGCUAUUGUGUUACUUAGAUAGGUGCCGUCACUAUGAAACAAACUGACGAGAAAGAAGUUCAUAAAAUCAAAUCAUUGUUAUUGUACAUGGACGUUAAUAGAUAGCAAUGAUGACGUACUGGAAUGAUGUAGAUCUGUUUGAUAGUAUUUACAAACAGAAGAAACACCUGAUAGUGUCAUUUAUUUAUUUUGUUUCUACCACAAAUGACAUCACAUGAUGUAUUGGUUAUUGUAUAUCUAGUUUUUGUGUACUAUUAUGAUAUAUAUUUAUGUAUUGCAUUUGGUACACGUGUUUGGUCUUUUAUUACUUUAACUGUUUCUCUAAUGAAAAAAAACCCCUAUAUAAAUGUUGUAUUGUAUACUACAUUGUAUAUUUGCACGCGUUAAGUAUGUAAUAUACAUGUACAUUCAUGUAUAUGGAAAUAACAUUGCUAAUUUUAUGUAGCCCAAGAUAAACUUGACAUAUGUAAGCAUUGUUAUUGUGCGUGGACGUUUAUAAAAUGGCAAUGCUGCUAGUAAUAGGCUGGUGUACACAUGUUUGAUUAAAUUUGCAAACAGAAGAAACAUGUGACAGCUAUUAAUAGUAUGGCUGAUUUACAUUGUUCUACUACAGUUAAAGAUUGAUUGGAUGCACUUAGUGUAUGUCAAUACAUGCUUUAAAUAUUAGCAAAAGUGUUUCUAUGUCAAUAAAAUAUUUGAUUCAAAUUUAAA